AUGCAGGAGCCCCAGGUGGAGGCUGCCCACCUCGAAGGGGUGUCGUUGGCUAAUGGCCCCGGCCCUUCUCUUCCUCAGGGCACAGAAGUCUUUCCCCUGCUCAGCACCGUCCUGCAUGAUGGCACCAAGUUUCAGAGCCCCGAAGGGUUCCACCCGGAGAACUUCCUGGACGAGAAUGGGCGCCUGAAGCAGAACGACGCCUUCGUCCCCUUCUCUGCAGGGAAGCGCAUCUGCCUAGGGGAAGCCCUGGCCCGCAUGGAGCUCUUCCUCUUCUUCACCACCAUCCUGCAGCGCUUCCGACUGAAGCCCCUGGUGGACCCCAAGGACAUCAACGUGACACCCCAAGAGUUCGGCUUUAUCACCAUCCCGCCCCUGUUCGAGCUCUCGGUCGUCCCCCGCUGAGAGAAGGGAGCCAGACUUUCGGGGGGGGGGGCUUCAGGGCCCCCUUCUCUGCGACCCUCCCAGGGCUGAGAUCUCUGAGGGGCUGCGAGAAGGUGCCCCUGCCAGGUGUCUGCAUAUAUAAAGCUUUGUGGCGAUGCAGGUGA